AUGCAGGUUUCGCCAAUAUCCUGUCAGCUCAUAUUUGCCUUCUGUGCAUACAUUGCGAAUUUUGGCGAUACCGACGAUGCCAGCUGGGGGCCUACUCAGUCUUCACUAGUGAACCCGAAAACUUACUACUUAGAUCAUGCUUUGCUUUCUCUCGACCGAGCCAGGGUGACACAGCUUGACCCUCGAUCUGUUUACAUAUCCUUCUUCUUGUACGGGGCUUACGCUGGCCAAGGAAACUACCGUCAAGCAUGGUUCUAUCUCAGAGAAGCAACGACCCUGUUCAUGAUGUUGAAGGAUGAGGAUCAAGACUGGUUUGACAAGAAAACACGGAAACGAUUGUUCUGGAUCUUAGUGGUCUCCGAGAGAGCACAUGGUGUACGUAGAAAUCGGCCAAUCACUCUACCCGUCACGCUCUCCACCUACCCACUCGACGCAUAUGAAGAGCUCGGAUUACGCUACCUCACAUCAAUCUUUCGGCCCCUUAGUGAUAUCUUCUUCGCAGUGUGGAAUGGAUCUACUGAAGAUUGUAGUAAAGAGUGGUUGCUGAAACUCGAACGCGACGUUCGUACUGCGUUGCCUGUGGUACUCGAGAUCUCAAAUGAGGAGACCGCAAAUAUCCGUAUAUCGCAAUUCUGGUUACAGAUCAAGUUGUGGGAACUUUUUCCUCGCUUUGGUUAUCUGUCUACGGAUUCUGUCCACGACUGCCUGACAUUUAGAUACCCUAUUAUGGUGGCUCGGGACUUGACCAUCCUUUCAAUGAAGCUUCCUAUCCAGAGUCUACAGAUUCACGGGAUUGGCAUGACUGAGAAAAUAUUCGACAUUGCCUGCGCCCUAGCGGAUGUCCUGCCUUUUGUGUCCUUUCCGGCGUCGCAAGUGGAACUUAGUCCCCCUGAUUACUUGACGCAGUUGAUGCUGCUCUUGGCAAAGCUGCCAGGUGGCUCCUCGAAGUUUAUACCUCUGCUACUGGCCAAGGUCAACGAAUUACUUCCUGACUUGAUGAGGCAUAUGUGUGAAGCGAUUCAGAUGCCCAUCCAUAUGAUCAACGACCCCAUGAGCCCAGACACGCAAUUCGUAUAUGAAGAGGAGGUUGGUAGAGGUCUUCACGCAGAUUUGAGGAGAAUGGCAUAG